UUGGGCGAUCAGAGUCCCUUUGCUGACCAACUAAUCAGUUUAUCUUCAACCAUGAAGCACUUCGUUCUACUGUGCUUUUUACUCCCUUUCAUCGGAAAAAUUUCCGCUGAGAAAUUCAUAGCCGGCGGCCAAGAUGCCCAACCCGGGCAAUUUCCCUGGAUCGGCGCAAUCGAAUACGUUGAUUAUGAGCAAGUUUGCGCCGGUUCUGUGAUCUCUGACCAUUGGUUCCUCACUGCCGCUCACUGCGUCUACAGUCUGCAGCUGGACUCCAUCAGAGUCCGCGUCGGGACGCGCUAUCGAGAAAAUGGAGGCCAAAUCCACCGAAUGCUGCGAAUCAUCCUCCAUCCCGACUUCUCGCAAGACUACGUCUACGACAUGGACGUGGCAGUGUGCGAAAUCGAGGGCAUCAUGGGAGGCCCCAACGUCAGACCAAUUCCUCUCACCACGACCGAACCUCUAGCCGCCUCUCGCGUCUUCGUCAGCGGCUGGGGAGCAACGUAUAUCGACGGAAGCCCCUCGGAAGUUCUCCAGUUCACCCAAAUUCCCAUCAUUAGCCGGGAUGUGUGCAACUCAACCUACAUGGGAAGGGUGUCAGAGACAAUGAUCUGCGCAGGAGAGUCUGGCAGGGAUAUCUGUGUUCUGGACAAUGGUGGACCACUGACGGAUUCCAGGAACAUGUUAGUGGGCAUCGUGAGCUGGGGAAUGGGAUGCGGUGCUCCCAUCUAUCCAGGAGUCUACACCAACAUCGCCCAUCCUGACAUCAGGAGUUUCAUACGAGAGCAUACAAAUAUUUAGUCUGUUUGCUUAAUGCUUACAGAUUUGGGUAUAAUUAGCCAUAAUUAAGAUCAAAGUUCAAAUAAACCGACCAUAAGAAAUCUAAAA